UAAUCUGUUGCUUUGCGAACUAAACAAAUAUAUUCAUCAUCCAAAUUUUGAUUGAAGAAUUUCAAACUGAUCGAGGGAUACACAAAAUUCAAUUUGAUAUGAAGAAAAACGGAAGCGCGAGCAACGUUUCUGAUAAGGGUCGGAUCCUGGCGGUCGACCCCAAUCUCCCGCGGUUUCUCUGCCAGAACUGCCGCCAGAGUCUCUGCAUCGUCGGCGUCGAUUCCUAUGCCGACAGAUUCCCCGGCUCAGGUAUGCAAGGUUCUUCAAUCCUUGGUACAGGUAGUGUUUCUGGUUCAACACGGAUGGACCACUCAUUUGUUGUGUUGCCAAAGCAAAGGAAUCAGACCCCAGGUGUUCCUCCUCGCCCCCGAGGUGGAGCAAUGAACCCAGAUGCUAGCCAGUCUGGGAAGGCAAUAGAUGAGUCAUUUGUUGUGUUACCUCCGCCAGCUGCUUCAGUGUAUAAAUCGGAACCUGGAGGUGAUGGAGGUGGGACCAACUUGUCAUCACCUGAGGGUGGACCCACUAGCUCCCCUACACAACCACACAAUUCAGGCUUCCAUUCCACAAUAACAGUCCUGAAUCGUGCAUUUGAUAUUGCCACUACGCAAACGCAGGUUGAGCAGCCUAUGUGCCUGGAGUGCAUGCGUGUUUUGUCUGAUAAACUUGAUAAGGAGGUUGAAGAUGUGAAUAGGGACAUAAAAUCUUAUGAAAUGUGUCUUCAAAGAUUGGAAGGAGAAGCCAAAACUGUGCUCAGCGAACCAGAGUUUCUUAAGGAGAAACUGAAGAUAGAAGAAGAAGAACGAAAGCUCGAAGCAGCAAUUGCAGAAACAGAGAAACAAUGCGCUGAAGUAACUGCUGAACUAAAUGAGCUGGAGUUAAAGUCUAGCCGGUUCAAAGAGUUAGAAGAACGAUACUGGCAGGAGUUCAAUAACUUCCAGUUUCAGUUGAUCUCUCAUCAGGAAGAGCGGGAUGCAAUUCUGGCGAAGAUUGAGGUCUCACAAGCUCACCUAGAGCAGUUGAAGCGCACCAAUGUGCUAAAUGACGCCUUCCCGAUCUGGUAUGAUGGAGAAUUUGGAACUAUUAACAACUUUCGCCUGGGAAGACUUCCUAAAGUUCAGGUCGAGUGGGAUGAGAUAAAUGCUGCUUGGGGGCAAGCUUGCCUUCUCCUUCAUACGAUGGCACAAUACUUCAGACCAAAGUUUCUAUAUCGCAUUAAAAUAGUUCCAAUGGGAAGUUAUCCUCGCAUAAUGGACAGCAGCAAUAAUACUUAUGAGCUCUUUGGCCCUGUUAAUGUAUUCUGGAGCACUCGUUAUGACAAAGCUAUGACGUUAUUCUUAACGUGUCUAAAGGAGUUUGCGGAAUUUGCAAACACAAAGGAUAAGGAAAACAACAUACCUCCAGAGAAAUGUUUCAAGCUUCCUUACAAAAUUGAGAAUGACAAAGUGGAAAAUUACUCCAUAACACAGAGCUUCAAUAAGCAGGAGUAUUGGACCAAGGCUCUUAAAUACACCCUUUGUGAUCUCAAAUGGGCUCUCUACUGGUUUGUUGGGAAUACAAACUUCCAGCCACUCACUGCCUCCGUAGCAACCCAUACAGACGUCUCAAGCGCUGGGUCGAUCUACAAUAAAAGACCAGCCGAUACCAGGUUACAGUCAAAGUAAAUCUUCUGCUCAUAUAGAAAGGUUAGAGACCAGAAUGAUUGUACAGUGCACAAUGUGAUUAAACAGCUGUUAUAUAAAUAGGCGUAGCAACUCCAACUUGUACCACAAAUGCAGUUUCUGAGUUGCUAGCACAGUGUAAUCUUACUUCUUCUCUGUUGACAUGAUAAGAUUGCUCUAAUUUUAAUAGUUUUCGUUGUUUGAA